AUGAAUAUUUUCCGGCUUCUAGGUGAUCUUUCGCAUCUCGCGUCUAUUUUUAUCUUGAUACACAAGAUCGUAACGAGCAGGUCAUGCCGUGGUAUCUCGUUUAAGACGCAGCUUAUGUACACUGUUGUGUUCCUUACACGAUACUUGGAGCUAUUCCGUCCUUUCAGCUUGUACCUGAUCCUUAUGAAGGUCUUUUUCAUUGCGAGCAGCGUUUACAUCCUGUACCUGAUGAAGGUCGAAUUCAAGACACGACACGAGGCUGACAUCGAUACAAUUAGGUUGGACCUCUUAAUGGGCAUCCCUGCUAUUCUUGCACUUCUUUUUAAUUAUAAGUUUACAUUCUUUGAAGUGCUUUGGUCUUACAGCAUCUUUUUGGAAGCCGUGGCUAUCCUUCCUCAGAUGUUCCUCCUCCAGCGCCUUGGCGAGGCAGAGACAAUCACGACGCACUACAUCUUUGCACUUGGUGCAUACCGUGCACUGUACAUUUUGAAUUGGAUCUACCGUCUCAUUUUCGAACCUAAGCAUCACUUUGAUUAUAUCACAUUCAUUGCUGGUCUUGUCCAGACAGGAUUGUACGGCGACUUCUUCUACAUUUACUUUACCAAGGUUGUGCAUGGCCAAAAGUUCGAACUCCCUGCCUAA